GAACAUUUUAUCACCAAAAACUACUGCUACCAAGAAAACAAUAUAAAUAUAACUCUGUCACACAAACACAACACAAACACAAACACAAAAAGAACGCACAAAGAGAAAAGAAAGACGCGCCUCGCCUCGCCGUUAUUCAAGUUACUGACAAGCAAGGGUUAUUUGGGUGUCACGUCAUUUAGUUUUGAGGUUUAUGACCGAGUUGGAGAGACGUCUUCAAGCGAAUUCAUCAAGAUUCAGGGGUACUUUCAAAGUUGUUUUCAUUAGCUUCGAUGGACCACCACGUUCCUCGUGAAAUAGGUCAGGAUUCUCGGGUGGCGAAGACAUUUCGUGUUGAAGGUCGUGAUGCGGAUAGAAGAUCUCCUCUUCAUUCAGUUUAUCGCAUGCCAUUAUCUUCAAAUGAUUCUCAGGCAGAUCAUCCAAUUGGAACUGGUAACAGGAUAGAAUCAAGGGAUCUGAAGGAUAAUAGAGAUAUCCGUAGCGAGAAGGAUGUGUGUCUUGAAAGUCGAGGAGAUGACAGCAACAAGGGCACCAGACAUGAAAGGGAUAGUCAUAAUGAUACAAAAGGUGAUAUUAAGACAGACAAGGUCACAUUUGGUUUGGUUAGCAGCCCCUUGAAUUGGAAAGACUCGAAAGAUUUUAGGGGAAAAAGAUAUGGUGAUUCUCCUGGUGGGAGUUUGGAUUCCCGGCAUAUGUCACAUGGAAAUACACCAACAGAAGUUGGAAAGGAGAAUCCAACCACAAAAGAUAGGGACUCUUUGGAAGCUCAUGAGACUGUUGGUGAAAGCAAAAUUGAUUCUAAAAGUGAGGAUAGAUUUAAAGAUAGAAAGAGAAUUGACGGGAAACAUCAAGGUUGGGGAGACAAGGAAAAAGAGAGAAGUGAUCGCAGAAACAGUACACAAGUUAACAAUAACAUUGGUGAAAACAAAGAAUCUGCCAAAGAAGAUCAAGCAGCAGAAAAGUUGGAGAAGGAGAAGAAAGAUAUUCCAAAAAACAGAGAAAUUUCAAAAGAACACAUGAAGAGGGAAUCAUGGAAUGGAAUGGAGAAAGAAGUUUCAUAUAAUGAGAAGGAAGUUGCUGAUGGAUCAGUAAAAAUUCCUAAGCACGAAACUGUGUUACCAGAACAGAAGAAACACAAAGAUGUUGACAGCGGUAAAACUGUUGAUGGUGAAACUAGAGAUAGGAGGAAAGAACGUGACAAUGAUUUAGAAGGAGAUCGACCUGAUAAGCGCUUUAAAUCUGAGAAGCAGUCAGAAGAUGGAUUUGCUGGUGAGGAAGAGACCGGAGAGAAAGAGAGUGAAGACCAUAGUUGUAAUGUUCAGCAUCGUAAGAGGAUACAAAGAUCGAGAGCUAGUCCUCUUGUCGCCAAUCUUGAGUCUCGUUUUGGACCCCACGCCCAAGACAAUGAAGGGUCUCAAGGUAAAGCAGGAGUAUCACAUGUUACAUAUAAAGUUGGUGAAAGUGUGCUAGAACUGAUCAAGUUGUGGAAGGAAUAUGAAUCAUCACAAUCUCAAGCUGAAAAAAAUGCUGAAACCUCUAAUGAUGGCCCCACUCUUGAAAUUCGGAUACCAGCUGAGAAUGUUACUGCUACAAAUCACCAAGUCCGAGGUGCCCAGCUAUGGGGGACUGAUGUGUACACAUAUGACUCAGAUCUUGUUGCUGUUCUCAUGCAUACCGGUUACUGUCGCCCAACAGUUUCUCGUCCUCCCUCGGCCAUACAAGAGUUGCGCACAUGCAUUAGGGUGCUACCUCCGCAAGAUUGCUAUAUAUCCACCCUGAGAAACAAUGUGCGUUCCCGAGCUUGGGGUGCUUCAACUGGUUGUAGUUUUAGAGUUGAGUGGUGUUGCAUUGUGAAGAAAAGUGGUGGAACUAUUGAUCUUGAACCAUGCCAUACUUACACAUCAGCUAUUGAGCCCACCCUUGUACCAAUGGCUGUUGAGCGGGCAAUAACUACCAGGGCUGCAGCUUCGAAUACAUCGCGGAAACAAAGAUUUGUAAGAGAAGUCACGAUUCAGUACAACCUCUGCAAUGAGCCCUGGAUCAAGUAUAGUAUCAGCAUUGUUGCUGACAAAGGACUAAAAAGGCCACUCUAUACAUCUGCUCGCUUGAAGAAGGGAGAAGUUCUGUAUCUGGAGUCACAUUCAUGCAGAUAUGAGCUCUGUUUUGUUGGAGAGAAAAUGGUCAAAGCUAUACCAGCAAUUCAGUUGCAUGACUCAGAUAUAGGAAAGUCUCAAAAUCAUCACAUGCAUUCCACAAAUGGUGAAAAAGUUGAUUCGGAUAAUGUCACGAUUGAUGUAUUUCGCUGGUCUCGUUGUAAGAAGCCUCUACCCCAGGAAGUGAUGCACACAGUUGGCAUCCCCCUGCCUCUUGAACAUGUAGAGGUGCUAGAGGAAAAUAUAGAUUGGGAAGAUAUUCUAUGGUCUCAAGCUGGUGUUUGGAUUGCAGGAAAGGAAUAUGCCCUUUCAAGGGUGCAUUUCAUGUCAAUGAAUUAGUUCAUUCACCUGUUUUCUUUUAAAUGGGGGUCGAAAUGCAGAAAGAAAACGGUGUUGCGAUGAUCUAAUGCAUUCAUUUGUAUACUUCAAAGAUUAUAAAAAAGAUAGUAUCUGCUAGAAUUUUCUGUUCUCAAUAAAAAAUACUUUAUGUUCUUUUAUCUGGGAGUCUUCCCCCUCCCUGUAAAUUAUAGAUGUUGUAUUGGAAUUCUCGGUUUGAAAUAGCACUAGUGAUUCGUUACUUCCAUUGA